AUGCAAACAAGACAAAGGGCAUCCCCCUUUGCUGUCUCAGAGGACAAGGUAGCUAUGGAUAAAACUGUGGUACACACAAAACUACCUCAUCUAUACCUCUGGCUGAAGAUAUUGAUCAUUCUUUCAUCAUGGCCCUUGACUGGGUAUGCUCAACACACCAGCCUCCCAGAAGUAGUGAUACCCUUACAAGUCACAGGCAACAGACCAAUGUGGGCUAUGGGAUGGCUGACCUAUAGCCUGCACUUUGGGGGCCAGAAACAUUUUAUUUACAUGAAGGCCAAGAAGUUCUUGGUAUCUAGGCUCCUCUCUGUAUUCACCUACACUAAGCAAGGUGCUCUACACAAGGACCAGCCUUAUGUCCAGAAGGAUUGCUACUACCAUGGCUAUAUGGAUGGAGACCCAGAGUUCAUGGUUGCUAUUACCACCUGUUCUGGAGGCUUUCAAGGAAUAUUACAGGUAAAUGGCACAGUAUAUGAAAUCAAGCCCAAGAACCUUUCUGCCACGUUUGAACAUUUGGUUCUUAAGAUAGACCGUGAGGGGACAGAAUUACUUCCCAUGAGAUGUGCACUGACAGAAGAGAUAGCACGGCAAUUGAAGCUUCAGAAGAACGAGAACCUCACUCUGAUGCAAAGCCACUACGAAGGAUGGUGGACUCACAAGCGUUUUCUUGACCUGGCAUUGGUUAUUGACCGUGAGCGAAUUCGUUAUCUUAACGAUAAUAGUUCACACGUGUUAGUGGAAGUAUUCACCAUUAUCAAUAUAAUAAAUAAAAUUUAUCAGACAUUGGAUCUCGAGCUAGUUUUACUUGGAGUUGAGCUGUGGAAUGAAAGAAAUCACGUGCCCAUACAUAACAUAGAUGUCCUCCUAUAUGAAUUUUGUAUUUGGAAGACUCGCAGUCUUAAUUUUCGUAUUCCAAAUGACAUUGCACAUCUUUUUGUGAAUCAUCAUUUUGGUAUUUACCUUGGUUUAGCUUAUGUUGGAACGGUCUGUAUGCCAUCUCUUAAUUGUGGAAUUGAUCGUCUGAUAGGACAUAAUCUGUUUUAUUUUGGACAAAUUAUAGCACAUGAGAUGGGUCAUAAUUUGGGUAUGCGGCAUGAUGAAGGAUCAUGUACCUGUGGAGCAAAAUAUUGCUUAAUGGCUCCAACAGACAGAGGCAUCCAGAAGUUCAGUAACUGUAGUUAUUCUGCCUUUUGGACAACAUAUGCUACUGCCAACUGUUUGCGCAAGGAAAUGAAGCCAUUAAGUAGCCUCAAAAGCAAGCACUGUGGGAAUGGAGUGGUCGAUGAUGGAGAGCAGUGUGAUUGUGGAUCUGCAGAAAUGUGUGCAAGAGAUCCAUGUUGUAAGUCCAGCUGCACCCUCAAAGACGGGGCUACCUGUGCUUUCGGACUCUGUUGCAUACAUUGCCAUAUCAUGCCAUCAGGCACAGUUUGCAGAGAACAGGUCAAUGAAUGUGACCUUCCAGAAUGGUGCAAUGGCCAUUCAUAUAAGUGUCCUAAUGACGUUUAUUUGCUUGAUGGGAGCCCCUGUCAAGGUGGUGGCUACUGCUAUGAAAAGAGAUGUAAUAACCGAAAUGAGCAGUGUAAGCAAAUCUUUGGCCAAGAAGCCAGGAGUGCAGCUCAGAGUUGCUACAGAGAACUCAACACCCGAGGUGACCGUUUUGGCAACUGUGGUAUGGUCAGAGAUGCAUACUUAAGAUGUCAUGACUCAGACAUCCUCUGUGGCAGACUUCAGUGUGAGAAUGUAACAGGCAUUCCCCUUUUGCAAGACCAUUCCACUGUACACUGGACUCACCUCAAUGGUGUCACCUGUUGGGGGACUGACUACCAUUUUGGAAUGACAAUCCCUGACGUUGGUUUCGUGAAAGACGGCACAGACUGUAGUCCAGAGCAUGUGUGUAUUAAUAGAAAGUGUGUCAAUAAGUCAAUAUGGAUAAGUCAGUGUUCACCCAAGACAUGCAACAUGAGAGGUGUGUGUAACAAUUUACACCACUGCCACUGUGACGUUGGGUGGGACCCACCAUAUUGCCUGGAAAGUGGCUUUGGUGGGAGUGUUGACAGUGGCCCUCUGCAUUUGGAAGAAGAGAAACCUAAGGAAAGUAGGAAGCCAGUGAUUCUCAUUUGUAUUCUUUUUGCUUGUUUUUCAUUAUUGUUUAUUGUGUUUCUUUUUCUCUUGAUUAGUUAUGUAAAUCAGCCCAAGAGUAAAGAAUCCAAUGUUCCCUCUUUAGAAAAUACAGAAAAUGACAUUGAUGUAAGGACCUCUUCAGAAACAAACACUUUGUAA